AAGACUGUAAAAGAUUUAUGGAACAUGACAGCAAGGAUCAAGUUCAAGCAUGCACUUAGUGAGUUGAAAGCUAAGUGUGCAAAGAGAAACUUUCAAGCUAAGCUUCCAGAUAUGAAUCCAAAGUUAUGGGCGAAGCUUGUUCAUUUAUGGACUGAUGACGAGGGUCAUUUGAGAAGGUCAAAUUCUGUAAAGGCUAAUCGAGCAAAAGGACCGAGAGUGACGCAUACCAGGGGUUCAAUGGACGUUAAUGUUUAUAGAAAGAAAAUGCAACAAGCAAACCUCGAGGGUCGUCCACCAACAUAUCCUGAGGUCUACACCAGUAGAAGGCAGCACAAAAGAAAAGGAAAAGAUCAACUGCUUGUAUAUUGUAAUGAUGAGGCUCAAGAAAUUGGAGAAAAAUUGACAGCUGAAUAUACUACUAGACAAGAGGAAGAAGGAUUUGACCCUACAAUACCUCAUGCUGAGAUAUUACUUAGGGCAACUAGUGGAGUCAAGAAAGGAUGGUUGAAAGGUUUGGAUAUUUACACACAUCCACAGGAUAUAAGUGUGAGUACAUCUAGACGAGAACCAUUCAUGCCACCCAUUAUAGGACAGUUUAAUAGGGUUAUCGAAUUAGAGCAGACUGUUGAAUCAUUGAAGGCAAAUAAUCAUAGCCUUCGACAAGCAAUGUCUAAUGUUUUUGUAGAUAAUGAUUGUCACGCCCCAGAACCCAAAUCCGGGGAUGUGGCAGACGCCGUGCACUCGUGAGAUGGUCCCACAAAUGCACAAAGGUCGGAACUUAUUCAAU